GUCGACAUCCUCUUCUCCUAUUCUUCAAUUUUCCCCGCCUGCCGAUCACCUUUAAUAGCCUCUCAGCAGGUACAGCUCGCCAAUCAAGAUGCCCCAGCCUGCCUGCCAACUCGCAAAAGAAGAGCUUUUAGCCUGUUUAUUACGGACAGACUGUGUCCUCAAAUCCGGAAAAACCCCUCAAGAAUGCUUGCAAAAACCUCAAGAGUUGCCGUUACAAUGCCAACAUCUUAUAACCCGUUUCGCAGACUGUAAGAAAGGAAUGCUUGACAUGCGGCGUCGAUUUAGAGGCAAUCACCUUUCAGAAGAAGCUAAAGAACGCGCGAGAGGGACUGGAACAGUAGACAUAAGACCCGCGGACGAUAUUGCCCCCGAUAGGCCAGACGAUCAGAGCAAUCGGCAGUACUGAGAGGAGUGGCAAAGACUCGAGACACAGGGCAUUUUUGGAAUCCAUUUAUUUUCUUGUAUCGUCAUAUGUGAACAUUGCAUACCUCUCUCCAGUUAGCCCCGUACACAUUGUGC